ACCCCGGGGGCCGCUGGUGGUGCGUUCCUGCUGGUCCAGCCACCCGCGGUGAGUUAGUCGCCGCCUGGAGAGAAGUCGGGUCUAGCCCUGGCUUCUCUGGAUGCUAUGCUUCUCCAAUGGAGGAAGCCCAAGGGGAACUGACAAGUUCAUGCAGUUCUAAAACCAUGGCCCAUGUAUCCUUGGCAUUCACGGAUGUGGCCAUAGACCUUUCCCAAGAGGAGUGGGAAUGCCUGGACCCUGCACAGAGAGACUUAUACAAGGAUGUGAUGUUGGAGAACUAUAGCAACCUGGUCUCACUGGGAUGUACCAUUCCUAAGCCAGAUGUGAUUACUUUAUUGGAGCAAGACAAAGAGCCCUGGGUGGUAAUGAGGGAAGGGACAAGGAGUUGGUACACAGACAGUAGAAAAAUGUAAAACCUACACCCAUGAGGACACCAUUUUCAGAAAUGAUUUGCAGUGCAAACAUGAAUUUGAGAGACACGAGGAACAUCAGAUGGGAUGUGUUAGUCAAAUGAUAAUCCAAAAACCAGUAUCUUUUCCUCUACAUGAGAAAAUUCAUA